CGGAAAGGGGCGUGACUUCGGAGCGCCAUUUUUGAUUUAUUGGCGGUUUUAUUCACCGCUGUUAAAAAGUUGUUUAUUUGUUACUUUACAUCCGCCUGAAAAUCACCUAUGUCCACCUGAUAGCUCUAUAAGAAGGCAAGUGUCCUCACAAUGUGUUUAUGAUUUUAAAAUAAUCUCUGUAACACAUUUUAUGAACGCCGGACUGCUUUUACGUCGAUGUUUUCGAUAGCAGCCAUCCAGGACUUCAGCUACUUCCUUGUUUUUACACUCUGGAAUCCUGUUGCUCAAAGUUCUGCUCUCGGACUGGUCCGAACCUCCAGGUCCGUCACAGUCCAGAGUCUUCCAAGAUACUUUCACUUGAUCUGUCGGUGCAGAUUAACCUCUGAGGGCUGACAAGGAUUGAGCAGAUUCUUUGUUACCAAGCUGUGUGUCUAUAAAGGCUGACUGACCAUGGAUAUCAUAAGGAUGGGGCCGUCUGUUGAUGAUAUAUUUCAGCAAAUCGUGAAAGAUCUUCACAGACAGUUGAAGCUGUACAUAGAAGAUCCUGAACCACGCCGUGUGUCCAUGAAGAGUGGCUGGUUCAAGGACUCUCCUCUGUCUUUCAAAUGGCAACAUUCAGAGACCGAGCAGAACAGACCAGGUUCUCCUGAACCAAGCUGUGUGUCCAUGAAGAGUGACCGGUCCAAGGACUUUCCUCCAUCUUUCAAUCUGCAACAUUUGAAGACUGAGCAGAACAGACCAGAUUCUCCUGAACCAAGCUGUGUGUCCAUGAAGAGUGACCGGUCCAAGGACUUUCCUCCAUCUUUCAAUCUGCAACAUUCAAAAGAGACCUCCGAUGGUUCCACCGACCGUCGUAGUCCCCUGGACUCCAUAUUUAUGUGUCUUGAGGAGAACGUUGUUGGCUUUGUGAAGAAAAAGCUGAAGAUAUUCAAGGAGAUGCUGAGUCCAGAUUACCCAGAAUGCCCCGAGGACCAGUGUGAGGACGAGGGGGUGGUCGAUGAAGAGGAAGCGCAAAGGAGGUACAGCAGUAAGUUGGUUCUGGACAUGACACUGCUGUUCAUGAGGAGGAUGAACCUGGGGGAGCUGGCUGCCUCUCUGGAGAAGAGAAGUAAGAGACUCUUAGAAAGUGUAGCAAAGAACACAAAACAAAACGCUGCAUUUCCAGGUCUGAUGUCUGCCAUCAGUGUGGUGUUCAGCACCUGCUUCAGGUAGAGAACUUCUACAAAGUCCAGUGCUGUUACAAAAAGAGCCCACGUUUGUGCAAGUAAAAAUCCCACAGAUCUUCUGUUAACAAUGUCAUGAUGUGUCAGACACGGUUGAAUCGCUGUAAGCAGUUUGGUUUUCCUGUUAAAGAGGCACCGUGUUGUGUUGGAGAGGAAAUUAAAACCAGAAUUUGAAUAUUUAAAAUAUGAAUAAUAAGUGAUGAAACAAACUGUUCUCAGAGGAAAAUAAGGUCCCUGAACACUGUUAGAAGCUUAGCAAGGUGGCGGGGUCUGCCACAUAUAAACAAAAAGAAAAACGGUAUAAAUUGUGUUGUCCUUUAGAGUCAGUUUGAUUAUUCAGUUCAUUCAGACAUUUACUCACAAAGAGAGUUUGAUUAUUUAGUUUGUUUCAACCAGUGAACAUCUUUCUCUUCUUCAUAACUACAGCGUGCUCCUUUAACCUGAUUGAUUCUGAUUGACAGCUUCCACUCAGAGUCUGAGAGCACAGUUAAUGUCCCUUCACCUAAUAUGCUAAGUGCCAAUUUAAAACCAUCUACCUAAAAAAAAAAAAGAAAUAAAAUAAAAUGACAAAUGACGUCUCUCAGCCUCCCAGUGAACACGGCUGGACACCAGACUGGGACGGACUCAGUGUAAAGACGGCGCAGCAUCUUAUAAACAAAUCAAAUCGUUAGUUCCAGUUUGGAGCAUUAAAUGUGGGCUUUUUUUGUUAACAGGGGUAAUUUGUAAGAUGUGGCCAGAAUUUUAGUUCAAGACAUUUCUAACAGAGUGAAGAAACAACCACUAGGCUAACUGAGCUAAUUGCUAACAGCAGCAGUCAGCAGUCAUGGUCCCCCCUAUAGAUUCUAACCUACAUUGAAAUUCUGGCCAUUUCUUACAAACUAAACUACGGUUUUGUCGGUUAUUCACGGACCGGUAAAUCAUCGUGCUACCGGAAACGGCUGCGCAGCCUUUAUUAAGAAGUUAGCAAAGAUGACGCAGCAACAGAGGAGACGAUGUUCCUUCUCCGCUCUCCAUCUUUGGAUUAACCUACAAAACGGAGUAUGUGAGCCGCCAGUCAUCGCAGAAUGGACUUCAGCAGAUUCGCAGUUGGAUCCAAGAAUAACAGAGCACACGGAGGAUUAACCACUUUUACCAACUAACUGUGGAUUAUUACGUGGACAGUGAAGUUCUUUUGUUGACUCUGAUGGCAUGAAGUUUGGACUUUGAGGACGUUUGAGGACCUCGGGCGCGUUGGUACCUUACCGCAUGGACUUGGACAUUUAGCAGAAAGCAGAGGGCAUACUGGAAUAAUAAAAAUGAUACAUGUAAUAUAUAUAUAAUAAAGAUAUUAACACAACA